AUGGAAAUCGUCGUGAAAAGGUUUUUACCCUUUACGCUUCUAUUUAUACUGCAAAGCAUUUCGAUCCAGUGCCAAGAUGAAGGCGAAAAAACAGGAGAAGAGAAAGAUAAAAUAAACCUUAAAAUUAAUAGUACACAUAAGUUAGAUUCACACCAAGAAUUGCGUCCAUUUAGUUAUAUAGAAGAUGACGAAAUUAAAGAUAUUUUUAACCCGGAUUAUUAUAUUUCGAAGACAAAGUACUUUAGAAGUAAAAGAAAUAGUCCGAUCACUACUAAUUUUGCCAACAUUAGAAGAAAAUUAAACGAAGAAAAGCGAAGAGAAGCAGAUUUAAUGCCGGCCGAUGCUAAUCCUAGAAUGGAACCGAAUGAGACUGAAUCUUCUAAAAGAGCCGAUAUUUUCGAUUUCAGAAUGAAACAAGGAGGAAUGAACACCGAACAACAGUACAACAAGAUUACGGACAAAAUUAGAAUCGUCAAAGGAGAAAAUCCGCCAGAAAAAAUGAACGAAUUUGAGCCGGGGAUCGAUUGCGAUUUCGAAAAUGACUGUCUCUGGCAUUGGAGAAAGGACAUAGCUAAUGGGUUUUUCAUCACGUCCGGUGCUAAAGUCGGAGCCAAUGAAACCGGACCGAGAACUGAUGCUGAUAAUAGCACAGGAGGUAGUUUUCUUUUACUGCGUUCCCCUCUGAAAUCCACAACAUUCCAAGUGAACAGUCCGUUUUUCACUCCUACAGUGUCGUCUUGUAAAUUCGCAGUAUGGAUUUAUCAGGAAAAAUUGGAGGGAUCAAUUAUUAAAAUUGUAGGCGACAAGGAAAACACCCAAUGGCUGUUGAAAAGUAUACCCGGCGAUGACAGCCAGAAAUGGCGAAAAUAUAAUAUGUCCAUAGGGAAAAUAUCUAAAAAUUUUACGAUCAUCUUGGAAGUGCAGGUGCCUUCCGAUACUCCAACUGAUAGAGCUACUGUAGCUUUCGAUAACAUCCACUUGUUUCAAUGUUAUCACAAAAAUGAUGACUCUUGUUCUACUCUUCAAUAUAAGUGUAAAGGAACAAAAGUUUGUAUUAAUAGUACAAGCGUUUGUGAUAUUAAUAGAGACUGCCAGUAUGGAGACGAUGAGACCCAAAGCUGCGAUCAAAUGCCUUUCGGUUCCCGUUGCAACUUCGAAGAUGAUUGGUGUGGAUGGCAAAAUGUAGACGUGAAAGUUCUUUCUUGGAUUCGACACAACGGAUCGACUCCUACAAAUUUUACUGGACCAAACUUUGAUCAUACUUACAAAAACAGUACUGGUAAAUACCUUUUCGUCAAUAUGUUGACGGAUAAUGCGAAAUUCGCCACGUCGGCGACUUUAAGAAGUGUUGAUUUCAAUCCGCCUCCUAGAGUACAUGGAAACUCUUCUUCUCGAUAUUACAACUCAUGUGCUAUUCGGUUUUACCUUCACAAGUUUGGAAAGCAUCCAAGUGGAUUUUCGUUACAAGUGACGGAGUUGAGACCUUCAGAAAAUGUUCCGAAAGAAAUUUGGUGGAGAUACACUCUUUUCGGUGAUCAAUGGGUUAGACAAGUUAUAAUCCUGCCUAACAUUACUUACAGAUAUUUUCUUCAUUUUGAAGCCAGAAGAGGCAUUCGUUACUUAAGUGACAUAGCUAUUGAUGACGUUUCACUGAGUCCUGAAUGUUUCGGUCUCAAUAUACCAAAAGAGGAACUCGGUGGAUACAAUUAUUGGGAUGUAAGGGAAGGACACGAAGCAAAGAAAGAAAUUUUCAAGGACUUUGUGAAUAAAACUGUGUACAAGAUUACAACUUGCAAUGCAAAAGGCAGAUUUGGACCUACUCAACCUGAUUGUACGAAAGCUUAUAAUGGUACCAAGCUAAAUAUUAAAGUCGUACAUGAGCCUGGAUUGACAGGAGUACAAAAAUGGGUUGUGCCGAUGACAGGCUAUUACACAUUCAUAUUGACUGGUGCUAGCGGUGGUAAAGGUAGUUCUUCCAUGGGUUCGUCUAGAGGAGCCAUGUUAAGAACUGUAUUGGAACUUCAGCAAGGACAAGACAUAUUUUUGCUAGUUGGCCAAGAAGGAGCCAGUUCUUGUGUAAAGAGCCUUGGAACCCUACGGAACUCUUCCUGUCACUCAAAUCAAAACUUCGGUACGGGUAUACGAGGCGUUUUAAAUAUCAGCAUCAAUGACAGUGGUGGAGGAGGUGGAGGUGGUACUUUCAUAUUUCUUCGUAAUAGAUCAAAGGAAAAAAUCCCUUUAGCGGUGGCUGCUGGAGGUGGUGGAUUAGGUCUUGGUCACUUCAGCGUCGAUAACAUAGAACAGCAUGGACGAGGUUUUGAUAAGAAUAAAUUACCAUUUACAGGAAAAAUGUACGGAUCAAAAAGCGCCGGUGCUGGAGGUGGUUGGAAAAUGUUUGAUGGAUUGGUGGAUCCCAUGCACAAAGUUAUGAUGGGAAAUUCACUAGUAGCAGGUGGAAUUGGAGGAAAGGCUUGUUACAACUCCACCGACGAACGAGGGGACGGUGGAUUUGGUGGUGGAGGUGGCGGUUGUGUCUACGGUGGAGGUGGAGGCGGUUAUGCUGGUGGUGAUGCACCUUCAACAAAUUCUUCAAACGGAGAAGGAGGAUACUCUUUUCUCGACUUUUCCAAAGCUCUUGUCGAUCUUACUACUGUAGAAAGUGGUUAUAAUACCGGACCCGGAUAUGUAAUUAUAAUACCAGAAAUCGAUGGUUGCGAAUGCGAUUACAAAUGUCUUGCUUUAGAUGUUAUGAGAUCUGAAAUUGCUUGUAUCUGCCCACCUAGUUGGAUACUAACAGAGGACCAGAAAACAUGUAAACCUGUUGACGAUCCACCUAUAGAAGGACCUUACCCAACUUGGUUUGUUAUCGUUUUGAUAGUCACAAUAUUCUGCCUAGUGAUUGCUUUUGGAGUUGUGUGCUUCGUUUUAUAUAAUCGUUAUCAACAGAGAGCAUCUGGACCAUUGAGAAGAAAAAUGCUGUCUGGAGCCGAUCUCCAACUCGACAGGUUAAGGAUGGCAUCUGACAGUAUGAUGACUGAGUACAAUCCAAAUUACGAGUUUGGAGGUGUAGUUUACACCCUCAGAGAUCUAAAAGACAUUCCCAGAGAACAAUUACGAUUAGUUAAAGCUUUGGGUCAAGGCGCUUUUGGUGAAGUAUACCAAGGUUUCUAUCGCCAACGUCCGUGCGAUACUGUGGAAAUGCCAGUGGCCGUCAAAACGCUUCCGGAAAUGUCGACGUCUCAAGCCGAAAUGGAUUUCUUGAUGGAAGCGCUCAUUAUGUCGAAAUUUAACCAUCCGAACAUUGUUCAUUUCAUCGGAGUCUGUUUCGACAAACACCCGCGUUUCAUUGUUCUAGAACUGCUCGCAGGAGGAGACUUGAAAAAUUUUUUAAGAGAGUCUAGGCCUAAACCGGAAAGACCAAGUCCUCUAACAAUGAAAGAUUUAGUUUUAAUUUCCGUCGACGUUGCCAAAGGUUGCAAGUACUUAGAAGAUAACAGAUUUAUCCAUAGAGAUAUAGCAGCAAGAAAUUGCUUGCUCACUACGAAGGGUCCUGGAAGGGUAGUUAAAAUUGCCGAUUUUGGAAUGUCUAGGGAUGUUUACAGAUCAGAUUAUUAUAGAAAAGGAGGCAAAGCUAUGCUUCCAAUAAAAUGGAUGCCACCGGAAGCUUUUCUAGACGGCAUCUUCACGAGUAAGACUGAUGUUUGGUCAUUUGGGGUACUGUUGUGGGAAAUACUGUCCAUGGGUUAUAUGCCUUAUACAGGCUGUGCUAAUAGAGAUGUUAUGCAGUUAGUAACUAGCGGUGGUCGAUUGGAACCGCCCGCAAAUUGUCCCGGUCCUAUGUACGGCAUAAUGACGCAAUGUUGGCAUCCAGCUCCGGAACACAGACCUACGUUUGGUACGAUAUUAGAAAGACUAGGAUAUUGCGUUCAAGAUCCUCAGGUCAUGAAUUCGGCUUUACCUGUAUUUCAACGACCGCCAUCCUACGAAAGAGAUACUACACUAAUGAGACCUUCGGGGUCAGAAGAAAAUUGCUUACAGGUGGUACCUACAUCCUCAGAUUAUCUCAUACCAAACCAUUCAAACCCCACUGUCCCCGACCAAAUUGAAUCGACUUCUUCCGUGGAAAAAUUACUACCAGAUAAUUCUGACAAUUGGGAAACCUCCUUCAUUAUGCCCCAUUCGAGAUCCACGCAACCCUUGCUAUUGGAAAACAUUAAAGAAGAUGAGGGUGCCACAUCUGUGGAUAAACUUCUAUCCAUCGACAACACUACGUCCAAUCCAAAAGUAUCUCCAAUGUCGCUACCUGGAAAUAUUUUAAAUCAAACUAACCACAAUAAUAACACGAAAUCAGAUUACAGUUUAAAAUCCGGGGUAUCUCUAGACGCCGGCGCCCUAGCCAAACAAGCGAUGACGCCGAAUUCCAACAAGUACGCCAACAUCACCACUGGAGAUGGACCCACUAGCAAUGGAGUAUUACAAAACGAUCCGUUUUCAAACCACGUUAGUCAAAAACAAGAAGUAAAUUGUUAA